AAUUCAUAGACAAUAGUUAUUGUUGAAUGUUGUGCGUAUUGAUACUUUUAACUUUUCAAUUAACGUUGUGAGUUUAGGCACAUUUCAAAGAAAGUUUCUGUAAUAUAAAGAAAUUUUAUAAUGACAAAUUUUAUUUUAGAUUAUUAAUGUUCGUUGAAUUGUAACAAAUCAUGAGUAAAAGGCGCCGUGCAUCAUCAUGCGCGAGUCGAGGACCCGACGGUGAUGAUAGUGAUGAUGGAGUGGAGCUGAGUAACCCUGGACCUCCGCCGUCCAGGAAAAAGAAAAAGAUGGAACCGAGUGAAAUUUGCCAACAAUUGUAUGAUAUUAUUCGGUCAUAUAAAAAGGAAGACGGGACUCUUUUGUGUGACUCUUUCAUAAGAGCUCCCAAAAGGCGGCAAGAACCUCAGUAUUAUGAAGUAGUAUCCCAACCAAUCGAUUUAUUAAGGGUACAACAAAAGUUAAAAACAGAUACCUAUGAAGAUAUAGAAGAAUUGUCAGCUGAUAUAGAACUCCUAGUUAAUAAUGCUAAAGCUUUCUACAAACCCGAUUCAGAGGAAUAUAAAGAUGCUACGGAUCUAUGGAAGCUUUAUAAUAAACAUAGACAGACAUUGGAAAAUGGUGAUGACAUCAAAACUCCUAAACUAUCAAGAAAUGGUUCAUCAAGCAGGAGGUCUGACGUCGCCGAGGAUACUUCGGAGACAUCGACCAACAACGAGGAAGACAAUGUGUUUGAGGAGCUUUUCAAUGCUGUCAUGACGGCAAAUAUAGGUGGACGACCUCUUUAUCCGCCGUUUCAGUUUCUGCCGUCGGAAAGGAGAUAUCCUGAAUAUUACAGUGUCAUAGACAACCCCAUAGACUUGAAAACCAUAGCACAGAAGAUCCAGGCCAGCGAAUAUAACACCCUGAAUGAUCUGGAGAAGGAUUUGUUACUCAUGGUGUGGAAUGCCUGCCUGUUCAAUGAACCAGGUUCACAGUUGUAUAAAGACGCCAGGGCUUUGAAAAAGGUUAUACAAGCUCGGAAGCAGGAAAUAGAUCAGCACGGACGGAGCGGUCCGGCCAAGACCUCUGAACGUAUCCGCAGUAAGCGUACGUCACGAGUGGGGCCCGUGCCCUCCAGUAGGGCUCUCGCCGUCAUGGAAGCCCCCGGUUCUGACACCGAACCGGAUGUCAAGCAUUCAGAAGACAGCGCUGGUGAUAGCGACGAAGAUAAAACAGAUAAUGAAGAUUCUCCUCAAUGGAAGCUUCUGGAAACCGUGAGAAAUCACUUGGGACCAAGCGGAACACCGAUGGCGGAUCCGUUCUGGAAGCUUCCAUCGCGUCGCGAAUAUCAAGACUACUACAAGGAAAUAAAGAAUCCGGUGUCUCUGAAUCAGAUCAAAAAUAAAAUUAGACGCGGGAGUUACGGCACACUGUCCGAGGUGGCCGGGGACAUGAACAUCAUGUUCGAGAACGCUAAGCAAUACAAUCUGCCUACAUCCAGGCUGUACAAGUACGCUGUGAAACUACAGAGGUUGAUGCAGCAGCGGGUCCAAGAGUUAUUGGAUAUAGUCCAAAGUUCAUCGAGCGAUGAUGAAAGCCUUUCUUCAGUUAAGAAUCAGACUCAAGCGAACACUCCCAGACCCAGAGGCCGGCCGCGUCUGAAUCCCAAUCCCGUAUCGUCGCCGACGCCGGCCUCUCCGAUAGUUGCAAAAACUAAUUUACCGCUGAAGAAGAAGCUACACUACGUCUCCAAGCAACUGGUGGAGUUCACGUGCUCGGACGGCAGGCAGCCCAUGCUGCUGUUCAUGGAGAAGCCCAGCAAGAAGCUGUACCCGGAGUACUAUAACGUGAUCGAGCGGCCUAUCGAUAUGUUGACUAUAGAAGCUAAUAUUAAGAGCGAUCGCUACAACACAAUCGACGAGAUGGUGUCCGACUUCCGGCUCAUGUUCUCCAACUGCCGCCAGUUCAACGAGGAAGGUUCCAUGAUCUACGAGGACGCGAACCUCCUGGAACGCGUUCUAAACGAGAAGCUGAAGGAACUGAACAGCAACUAUGAGAGGAAAGUGCCCCCCAAGACGUUUAAGGCCGCCAAAUCUAAACAGUUGACGCCGUUCGAACAGAAGCUACGUACUUUAUAUGACGCUAUCAGAGAUUACAGAGAUCCUAAAGUGAACAGGCAAUUAGCUCUAAUCUUUAUGAAGCUGCCGAGCAAAACAGAAUAUCCGGAUUACUACGAACUCAUCAAAAAUCCGAUAGAUAUGGAGAAGAUUGCUCACAAACUGAAGAAUGGCCAGUACACGAGCGUGAACGAACUGGCCUCCGACUUCAUACUGAUGUUCGACAACGCCUGCAAAUACAACGAGCCCGACUCGCAGAUAUACAAGGACGCGCUCAUCCUGCAGAGAGUGUGUUUGCAGACCAAGCAGUUGCUGAGGGAAGACGAGGAUGCUGUACCGGAUGUAGCCGGUGCUGUUCAGGAUCUGUUGUUGACUCUCUUCACAGGAGUCUACAACCACCAAGACGAGGAAGGAAGAUGCUAUUCCGACAGCAUGGCUGAGCUGCCGGAGCACGAUGAAGUAGCGAAUGGCGAGAAGGUCCGGGCGAUAUCACUAGACCUGGUGAAGCGACGCCUCGACAAGGGCCUCUACAAACGACUGGAUCAUUUUCAACAGGAUAUGUUUGCUGUUUUUGAACGCGCCCGCCGCCUCUCCCGCACGGACAGUCAGAUAUUCGAGGAUUCAGUGGAACUUCAGACGUAUUUCAUCGACCAACGCGACCAGUUGUGUCGGAACACGCUGUCCUCGCCGGCGCUGGCCAUCACCAGGGACACGAUAGCCACCAGCGUGGAACUGGUGAAGCAGUGCAAGCUGUUACAGGAAAACGACGAGGAGGAGGAGACGAGAUCAAGUACCGAGGAUACAAUAUCCGGAGCCGCUCCGCCCUCGCAGUACGGUCGGGGCGACUUCGUGUACGCCCCCGCCAAGGGGAGCAAGGAGCCUUCGAUACUACAGAUAGAGAAAAUCGCCACGAACAGUGACAAUGUACCCGUUAUAUACGCCAACGUAUACUACAGGCCUCACGAGACCUUCCACGUGCGCACGCGCAAGUUCCUCCAGCAGGAAGUGUUCAAGACGGACACUCACCGCACGGUUCCCUUGGACGCUAUCAUAGGGACCUGUUACGUCAUGAACGUCAAGGAGUACUUCAAGUAUAGACCGGAAGGUUACCUCGACAAAGAUGUCUACGUCUGCGAGAGCCGUUACAACACGAAGCAUCGAUGGUUCAAAAAGAUCAAAGUGUGGGAGGGCGCUGAGAAGGAGGCCACUCUAGUGCCCAGAGAGGUGCCGCUAGAACCGAACAGAACGGUUUCAGUGUUCCGUGAAAGAGUCGAGAAACACAAGGACGAGCUGGCUGAGCUGGAAGUGCUGGAAAAUGUACAAGAAAAGGAACGACCUGACGUGGUCAUGUACAAUCCUCUGGGCACCGACGACGAGAACACUUAUUACGAGCAAUACAACACGGUGUGCUCGGGGGUCAUCAAGACGGGGGAUUUUGUGUAUGUGGUGACGGACGGCGGCAAGCAGAUACUGGCGCAGGUCGACACUAUAUGGGAGACAGGAGACAACAAAUGUUAUUUCCGCGGACCAUUUCUCAUCUUCCCAUCUGAAGUGUCGCACAUCAUAAACAAGCCAUUCUACAAACAAGAGGUCCUAUUGACCACAAUGCACGAUACUAGCCCACUCGUGGGAAUAGUGGGCAAGUGUGCGGUGCUCGAUUACGACGAUUACCUUAAAUGUCGGCCGACAGAAAUAGCGGAAGCGGAUGUGUACGUGUGCGAGUCGUUGUAUGACGAGUCCAAUAGACUGGCGAGGAAGUUGAAGUCGGGGCUGAGGAAGUUCGAACACACCAAAGACGUUACUGUUGAUGAGGUUUAUUACUUCCCCAAGCCGCUGGGCCCGCCGCCCCUCGCUUUGUCCCACGAGGUCCACACGUCCUUCACACAGAAGACCUUCAACCCGAACGUUAACGCCGAUUCCCUGGACGGCAAGCCUCAGUUCACCAACUUACUGAACACAACCCUGGGCAGCCAGGACGUUGAACUGUUGUUGGAGAAUUCAUUGGACGACUCCUCGCUAGCCUCACCGGCUACACCACUGUCUAUAGGUGGCAACAGCAAUCCAUACAAUCCAUCGAUGACGUCAAAUCAAGAACGUUCCAGCACUACGACGGCAACACCGGCCAGCAGCAAGAAGAAGAAGGAGCAGAAACAGAAGAUUGUCACCGGAUACAUACUGUACUCGAGCGAAGUUAGGAAGGCCAUAGUAGCUAACAAUCCUGAAUCUACCUUCGGAGAGAUAUCUCGUAUAGUUGGCAACGAGUGGCGCUCACUCCCCGCCUCCACCAAACAGAGCUGGGAGGAGAGAGCGGCGCGCUGUAACGAGGAGACAUCCGCCAGGCUGGCCGAAGAGAUGCGGGAGCUGUCGCAACAUACCCCUAUGGAGAUGACGUACGAGUGUGCCUGGGACACGUGCGACUAUCAGUUCGAAGAUCUGUCAGAUUGUAUGGAACAUUGUAUCGGAGAUGGGGGAAAUAUGAUUGGAACGUACAUUGAAACGAAGAAGAGUAAGUUGGAGCCGGGUCACGUACAGCAGCAUUACGUCCGCGGGGGCGGGGAGUUCCCGUGUCUGUGGAGGUCGUGCGCCAGGGUCAGGAAAGGUCAAGCGCCCUUCCCAAAUCUCCCUAGACUCUUGAGGCACGUGCGUGACCUUCACGUUAAUAAAGGCAACGGGAAAACUAUGGCUGUACACGAGAGAUCCAGAAAUUUCAUUCCCUCAUCUAAGAAGCCGCCUAAGCCGUAUUUGACCAGUUUCCGAAGCGGCCUGAUGUCUCCAGGAGGCUCUCUGUCAGGGAUGUCACCUAUGGCGAGGAACACGCCUUCUCCCGGCCCCGAGUCGUCAAGGUCCGGCCUAGACCCGCUGUUCGUAGCUGCCCCGCCCCGGGCGCAGCGAGUCACGCACUCAGAGGCUUACAUACGAUACAUCGAGGGUCUCCAUUCCGAACAGAAGUAUAUAACGCCGUGGGAGAAAUCCCUCACACCCAUGCCGGUUAACCUCGACCCGUCGCAGUUUAACUUACACAAGCUGCCCACUCAUUGGAUGACGGACGAGGCGGUCAGCGGUUACUUACAACAAGACAAGAAUCUCACAGAAACUGACAUACAGAAGAUGGAUCAGUCUACUAAAGUAUUAAAAGGGCUCUGCGCACUCAGAGACUUCAUGAUGAGGGACGCCUUAGCUGUAUAUAAGAGUUAUUGAUGUUGGAAUGUGCUAAAUAAAUAAUCAUUUUUAUAUAA